AUGCCGACCUCGGAAGCCUCGACCAAGGUCCGUUCCCUUUUCUGCGUUGCAAAUCACCGCGAAACUUGGCGCGGCCGGGCGGCCACCGCGAUUUCCGAUGCGCUUUUCGACUACAGGUACGGCACAAAACCGGAAUCCGACGCGGAAUCGAAAGCUGCAGCGAAAGCCGCCCGCCAGGUCCUGCUGUCACGCGUGGGCGUGGGUCUGAACCCGUGCGAAUUGUCUCUCCCGCCCAUCGACUGGGUACUGCGGUCGUGUUAUCAGCAUGAAGAAAAAGUUGUAUCCGGUGCUCCCUCGUAGAAAUUUGAAAUUCAGAUUAUCGCAUGACAAUCAAAUCUUCAUCUCAAAAAGAACCUUUAUUCAGGCAGGGAACCAGAUUUGCCAUUCAUGAUUGCGAGUAGUACGAGGGAAUCUACGACUACACUUCUGCAGAGUGCAUAUCAGUCUGCUUCCGCGUUCCGAUCCGGAGCAUGGGUAUGUCGUGACGGACAAUUGGGGGAAAAGCAUUUUCCUGCUCUGCUGCCGGUAUGGGCUGGUUGAGGAGGCGCGGAAAAUUUGGAAAACGUUCGGAACAAACAAACAGGAACGUCCUGCAGUCAAAAAUCCCACAAGAGCAUCUUCUGCGCCAACAGGAGCUGAUCGUGCAUCGGAAGGUGCUGGAACAGACGAAGUUACUAGCCGCGAUUCAGAUGAUGAUGAGGACCACGGGGUCGUCGACGAGCCCGUAGAAGUUCUGGCUCUUUCCUGUAACAGAACCGGUCUGCGAAUGCUUCGCGAGUCCGUUUCUUACGACCGCACACGGCGAAGGACGAUGUUGUCUUGCCUGGAAAUCCUCGCCAUCGCGAAGUACAACACGAACGAGAGCGGUUGCGACUAUGACACGAACGAGUUCUUGUCCCUACUCGUCAGAAGCCCCGCUAUUCGAAAGCAGGUUUUGGUUCCCAGACUGCAGUACCAGAUGCGGCAAAAAAUCCCUACGUUCUUCCACUUUUGGACGCGGUACGAGUGCGACAACGCCGUGAAAGCCGCUUUGGUUCUGCUGGCCGAGCUCGAGAGAGCAGACGAGAUCGGGGCCGGCAGUUCCUCCGCCUCGGCAGGAAAGAACCAGGAGAAGCUGCUGGACGCAAAAGUGUUCCGCGAGGCGUUGUACGAGUAUGGAUGUGGGCCGGCGAUCACGAAAAUUGAUUCAGCGUUCGAGGAUUUGCCGGAGCAGUUCGCGAAACGCGCCACGUGCUUAGAUAUGGUAUUCUAUUUGGAGAUCUAGUACUAUUUUCGUUUCGCCCUGCAAAGAUCGUGAGUAUGUUUUCGUUUUUUUAUUCUACACCCGAGAUCGAGGAGAAGGAAUCUAACACACGACAGGUCUCUUGGAGGAUAAAGUUCAAAGAAGAUUGCGGACUGCCGAGUCACGCCGGGAGUUUUAUCGGCAUGCGAGCACUUCAACGGGCCAUGGAGGAAAAAAAGUGGGCGCUAGUGGACUAAACGUUUGCUGCAAUGCUGGUGGCGACCAUCUUGUUUUUUGGUCCCCAUCCCCGCGCGGCUGCAAGAAAGAACCUCGAGUGGAUGUGGCGACAGGACGUGUGUGUGUGAUUUCCUGCACCUGACGUACUAGAGGUAGAGUGCGAGGAGCGCUGUCAAAGUUUCAGACGGCUUACAGCUAGAAGACAACUAACAAGUGGAGGUGCUUACGUUUCGUACCGGAGAAAAUUUUGGUUGCAGCUCUUUUUGCAGACAACGGGUUCUAAUGCCCCAUUUUCUGGGCUAGAAAUGGUCUGAGGACUAUUAGAUUGAAAAUGAUGAAAACUUUGAUAAAUAU